GCCUCAGUGAGCUUCAGUGAGAAGUUGCGUUCGUGUCAGCCUCAUGUCAUGAUCAUGGCUUUGUACGGUCGACUGUCUGGAAAGUCACAACUUGUUGUACACACAUACGCGAAAGAGCUCCGUCCGAUAGUCACGCAGUUGAAUGCACACGCCGCACACACAUAGGUACACUAGUCCUCGUGGACGCAUGUAUCAGUCAGCCCACCAUGACCGCAUUCGCCUGCACGACACACGACACACAACAAAGUGACACAUCCAGACAGACAGACAGACAGCUGGCCUACCCACCUCAGCAGCGGGUUCGAUGGCCUCGAGUAUGCGGUUGACUUUCAUGCAGAUGUGUCCGAUCUUGGCGUCCCAUCUUUUGAGGUGCUCACUCUCGGUGACGCCAAAGUGGAUGACGCCCUUGCGCUGGUCGAUGUAGCCCUCCAGGUUGCUGUCCAAUAUCAUGCGGGCCGCCACCUUCUCGGCCUUGCGGGGGUCCACCUCCAGCAGCGACCCGAACUCACCCAGCAGCAUAUUGCUGUACACCUUGGAGGCCGCCAACACAUCUGCACACACACAGAGACAUGGUGAAGAACCACAUGUGUGUUUGUGUGUGUGUUUGCGUGUGUGGUUGGCUUACUGUGUUGGAGUACGGCGCGGUCGAGUACUGUGGAGCCGUCAGCGAAGGAGGCCUUCUGGUGCUCCAUCAGAGUCUCUGUAAAGACACACACACAACGUACAGACCAAUACGGGAAGUGAAUGUCUCUCUCCUCUCAUACCUGCGAAUUUGGCCACUUCUGCGCCUCGUAUGAUGCGUUCGUGGAACAUCUUCUUGAGCACACCGUAGCUCUCCAGCUUGGGCACACGGUCGUCCUGCACUCACCACACACACGCACAUACACACACGUCGGCUGUGUCGCGACCGACCUACCUUCAUCAGAAUGGCGAGGAGGCGAGACCGCUGCGGGCCUGAUACAAACAUCAUGGCACAGCACAGCACGGUCAGGAUGAACGAAUUCGUGGAUUUGCAGCAUGGCGCGUGUGUGUGAGUGUGCCGUCCAUCCAUCCAUCCAUCCAUCCAUCGAUGGUGCAGACCCCCCUACCAGCAGGUGCCAGGAUGGCGCAUGUGCAGGCAUUCUUGAGGAGCUUCUCCAGGUCCUCCUCAUCCUGACGACGGACGGAUGCAUGACUCAUCCAGUCGACCAUGACCCCUUUGCCGCGUCUGUGUGUGUGUGUUCGUACGAUUUGCAGGUUGUUGAGGUUCAGCGACAGGUCAUAGUACCUGAACCAACACACACAGGCACACACACACACACACACGCACGCACACACACAGACGUGAAGACGUGUGGGUCACACUCACUGCCUGACCGGUUUGCUGCGAGCUGGAACUGACGCUUCGAGUCCACAAUGCGGGCAUACGUCACCUACACGACACACACGGCACACACAUGCACACACACACACAGGGGUCCCUCCAUGUGUGUGUGUGGACUGGCGUGCGCGGCUGACUUUGUAUCUGAGGUUGAGACUGACGUCGUCCACCUCGUGGAUGAUCAUCGACGCACGAGUGCAGUAGGCCUCUGGACGGAUGACACGCAUCACAUCAACCACCACACACACACAAUCACUCCUUCCGCCCACGCCGCCUCACCGGCCGACACGGCAUCCUCGUCUUCGAGGAAGAGCUCGGCUAUCUUGACAUACUUCUCGGCCUUCUCUGCCACACUGCGCUGGCUGAACAAACACACACACACACACACACACACGCGCACAGAUGUCUGUGUGUGUGUCUGUCUGUAAGAGGGAGGGGGUGUCUGUGCGGGCUCACCGUGAGCCGCUCUCCAGAUUGAUUUGGGCCAGGCAGCGGGCAGCGGCUGAAAACUCCUGUGUGCGGCGAUGGAAAGCACACAAAACACACGCCACAUGUGCCUGUACGUGUCAUGUUUAGCCUCAGGUCAACACUCACCCCCUCAUGCUGAUGCACAGCAGCCAGGUGCUCGCGAAUGAUGUAAUCCUGCACACAGACACACACACACACACACAUCCACAGGCGCCAUUUGCCAUCAACGUGUCCGUGUAUGUGUGCAUGUGAGCUGACCUCUUCCUCGUAGGACACCACUCGUGCGCGCAUCUUGUCGAGUGCGUGUACGGCGAGUAUCUUCUUGUUACCGUCCGCCAUGCCGCCCAUCUUCACCGCCACCUCGUGCAGCAGCGGACGCGAAAACAGCGCAAACUGAGACGAAUCCUCACUCAGUACUUAACACACAAAUCAACACAUCACACUCGUGAGUGUGCUCCAACUCUUCUGUCUGACUGUGUUGACUCACUGAAGUCGACGAGCCGCGUGAGUUCUGGCACUUUCUCCUGUGCGCACAGUGCGGCGACGAGCUCGUUGAAUCGCGCCAUGCGGGCGCUGGCCUCGCUGACGCUGUUGAGGAUGGCAGUGAUUUCGGCAGGCGCCGUUGCCAUGAUGAGAUGAAUGCGCAGCAAACAAACAACAAUGCGCGUCGGACAAAGGAAGAUACCAACACAGCGGCUGUUGGGAGAUCUUUC